CCUAGUUAUUAAUUAAUAUUCCGGCUUAGGAGGAGAAUAAAAAACGCACGCCACGUAAGUCACCCGCUCUCAACGCAUUUCCGUCUUCUCCUCCGACGAGUUGCCCCAAUCCGCCCAGACCUCCAACAUCGCAACGGAGCCCACCCUGCCUGCCUCGCCGCGAUCCCUCCGCGCUGCUCGAGGCUCCUGUCCUGAACCAAUCGAGAACGCCGACUUCCGGGGACGGGAUCAUCUAAAGCCGCCUCCUUCCCGUUGAAUCCGCCGAGAUUCGGCGUGAGGCGAGGUUACCGACUUCCCUUGCGCGUAGGGCCGGCAGGAGCGCCCGCUGGCCAUGGCGUGCCGGGGCUUCUUUGAGUGCGUCCUCAAGCUCCUCAACCUCGUCGUCAUGGCGGUUGGGCUGGCCAUGGUGGGCUACGGCGCCUUCCUGCUCGUGACCUGGCUUCAGGUCGCGCCGCUCCCGCCGCCUUCGUCGUCGCCGGACGCCGUGCCACCCAGCGGGGAGCUCGUGCGGCUCGGGAGGCCGCUGCUGCUUUUUGUUGAUGCAUCCCUGUCGGAUGGGACCGCGGAGAGGCUCUCCAGUGCCUGGUUUAUUUUUGCGUUUAUUGGUGUCGGUGCUAUACUCUUUGUCACAUCGAUCUUUGGUUGUGCUGGAGCUAGAAAUGGAUGCUGCUUAUCUAUUUACUCAUUCCUCAUUAUUUUGUUCAUACUGGUCGAGCUUGCUGCAGGAGGCUUCAUUUUCUUCAACCAUAGCUGGAAAGAGGUUAUUCCAGUUGACAAAACUGGAAACUUUGACAUGAUGUACAGUUUUUUGAAAGAGAAUUGGAGAAUUGCAAAGUGGGUUGCACUUGGAGCUGUUGUAUUUGAGGCAUUGUUGUUCACUGUAGCUAUCAUAGUACAGUCAGGCAACCAAACCGACUAUGACAGCGACGAUGAGUACAUCGGCGCAAGGUCCGGAAUACGGCAGCCAUUGGUGAACCAGCAAGCUGCUGCUGCUGCUGCUGAUCCUAGGGUGCCCAAUCUCGACUACCGCCCAAUCCGGAACGACGCAUGGAGCCAACGGAUGAGAGAGAAGUACGGGGUGGAUAGCUUCGAUCCGAACAGGUUUCAGCCGGCCACCAUAUCUCCUGGAGAACAAAGAAACCGAUGCACGAUUCUCUGAGGCAAGUUCUACAUAUAUCCAACCGCGCAAUUAACACCGAGUUGCAGAGAGUAUGCGCCUGGAUUAUUCGGUGUUGCCUGGCUGUGUGGCAUCCGGAGGGCUUCACAUUCUCGUCUGUAUUUUUUUUUUUGGUUUACAUAGUCCAAACUCAGCACACCAGUGCUGUUUUUGUAAUAAGUAUUGAACCAAGUUCGUGUUCUAGAUAACGUUCCAAUGUGCAUAAAAACUUUCCCUGUUACCAGACAUGUCUGUUACGGAAAGCUUUUACAUCGUCAGAGAUGUCCAUGCGGGCAUAUGAAGC